UUGGUGGCAAUACUAAAAGAUAUUAUAGCCAAUUUGAUUUGCUUUUGUAAUCUUCCUGCUCAAGUCCUUUCGUAAAUUAUGACAUUUUCAGAAUUUUUACCUUGUAUAAUGCGGACAAUUGUAUUUGUUAUAUGGCGUUGAUCACUUCACAUACGAAGAUGUGUAGAGUCGAGUUAAUGAAAUUUAACUGUGAUUUUGAAGUUAUUUAUUUAUCUGUAAUGAAUAAUAUUGAUUACUUCUUCUUUGCCAAAGAUAAAUACUGGUACGGUGAAAAAUUUGUUUCUUUAUUGAGAGAAUUGCUGGAUCAUCUGCACUGGUAUGAGGAAAAUUUAAAAUUGUUGUAUGAUGAAUUACACAGAUUUGAUUUAGAUGAAAAUCACGGAAAUGGAUUUAGAUCUUUCGUGCUAAUUUUUGAAAGAUGCUUUUCUGAAUGCUAUAAAUACUCCAAAAGACUUAUUAACAGUCGCAGCUCAUUUUUCUUUAGAGUUCAAACAUAUCUGAAAGAAAUUGAAAGUCUAGUCAAUGUACUUUCUGAUUUGAGGCCCACUUUAAAUUUUCUCAUCAAAAUGCUCACAGAGAAUCCUGAAAAUCAUUUGUUAAUGCCUGAAAAAGCUGUCUCGCCUGAAGAAAUACUAACCCAAUGUGAAGGUAUAAGUCAGUUGGGAUUUUAUGGACGAUUUCAAGGUUUUUAUUAUUGUACAUCAAUGCGAAGAAUACUUCAGGGAGUGGGUGUUAUAGUGGCUACUUUCAGCGAUUUAUAUCAAAAAUCUGGUGGACCUGUUUUUAAAGCAGUUUUAACAGUUUUAAAUGGUAUAAAGUAUAUAAUUGAUCCUGAAUUACGUGCAUAUCAAAUAGUCAAUGUUGCACAAAAUUCAUCUGUAGAAUUUUUGAAAGCUUUUUGGAGCCUAAGUGAAGUACAACUAAUGAAGCGAUUACCUGAUUGGAUUUGUCCUAAAUUAGCUGUUCGUGAGGAGAUAUAUGUCCCAAACACAUCCUUAACUUUGUGUAAUAUAUAUACAAAGGAAAACGUUGUGAUACCUGUACCAACUUCUCACAUUCCACCUGCUCCUGUUCGUUGUUUGCUUUUAUCUUCUGUCCACCGUGAGGGGCAAGUAUUAAAGAAAAGUAGGGAGAAAACGUCAUCAGCCCCCAAAUCAAAAAGUUUACUGUUCCAUUGUCAUGGUGGAGGUUUUGUAGCUCAAGAUCCUGAUUCUCAUGAAAUCUACUUGCGCCAUUGGGCUCAUGAUUUAAAUGCUCCUAUUAUAUCAGUUGAUUAUUCCCUUUCACCUGAAGCCCCAUUUCCAAGAGCUCUGGAAGAAGUACUUUUAGCUUAUGCAUGGGUAUUAAAGAAUCCUCAUAAACUGGGAUGGACAGGUGAAAUUAUAUGUUUUGCUGGAGAUAGUGCUGGUGGAAAUGUUUUAAUGAGCACUGUUUUGAAAACCAUUUCUUUACAAAUUCGUCAGCCUGAUGCUGUUCUGUGUUCUUAUACGCCUUUAGUUCUUGAUAUAGUUCCAUCUCCUUCACGUUUACUUUGUUGGAUUGAUCCACUUCUUCCUCUUGGAUUUAUGAUAAGUUGCCUAGAUGCAUAUGCUGGAGCAAUGACUACAGAAGAAGAUGAGUAUGACACAGCAUUUGAACAUGUUUCCUCAGGACGGAGAUCAAGAAAAAUAUCUUCCAUUAGUGAAAUAUUCGAUUCAAGUAUAAAUUUUUUGAAACAAUGUGAGUGGAUUGAAGUCGAAGCAAAUGAACCUCCUGAAAAAUCUGCGGAUAUUAUAUUUUAUAGUUCUGAAAAUCGCAGUGUCGAUGGUAGUAAUUAUAUUCGGGAUUUUAUUGAAAAGUAUGAUGAUGGAGCAAUCAAAAAAUCUCAGAAUGAAACUUGGAACUAUAGUAAAGAAUUCAAUAUCUAUAAUUUUCCCCAGGACAUAAUUUUUGACCUUAAAGCUAAGAGUCUCGAGGCAGUAGAUAUGGGAUUGAGAAAAAUUUCUGAGUUUUUUAUGUGUACAUCUUUAUAUCAAAAAGUCAUUGCACCGCUUCUUCCUAAUAUGGCAUCAACAUCUCAAAAGAAAGCCCAGUUUUUAUAUAAUAAGAAGUCGAUUUUUCAAAAGAUGAAAAAGCUAAAGAUUGUCUCAAAGAAUCCCUUCAUGUCACCACUGCUGGCAUCAGAUGACAUUUUGAAGGAAAUGCCCCCUAUUUAUUUUGUGUCUUUGAAUUUCGAUCCAUGUCUUGAUGAUUCUGUAGCAUUCACAAAGCGACUUCGAUCCUUGAAUCGACAAGUUACUAUAGAUUUCCUCGAUGACCUACCUCAUGGAUUUUUAAACUUUCUCCCAUUUAGUCAAGAAGCCCAUAAUGGCUCAAACUUAUGUGUUCGCCGCUUAAAAGAAGCUAUGAAAUUGAUAUAAUGAAUACAAUAUACUCAAACAGCAUAUAUCUGAACGACACAUAAUACUGAAUUAAAAUAUACUCAAUAUAUUUAUACAGUACAACUGAAAGUCAUUAAGAGCUUACAAAUCUUGUUUUAUUAUGUUUAUUAUAUAUUUGUUUAUAGACUUAUUUUUGUUGUUAAUUUAUUAUUUUUCCUCUUUUUUUCAUGUAUAUAUGAGAAAAAAACUGUAUUAAAAGCGUAGACAUAAAACAAGUAUUGUAACUUUUAU